GCGGAAGAAUAAGAAAGUAUAUAUAAACUAAUUUUAUUUACCCGUAUUCAGAAAUGUUAAGUAUAGUAAAGAUGAAGUAUCUUGUGUGCUGCCUGAUUUUUGGUGUAGUUGCGGCUUCCAGUAAUUAUGGAGGUCCUAUGAGUAUAGUUGGUGGAACAAAUGCUUCACCUAAUCAAUAUCCUUAUCAGAUUUCAAUGAAAUCAGCUUCCUCUGACCAUUUCUGUGGAGGGUCUCUUGUUCGAACUGGAAGCGGUGAAAUAGUAGUAGUGACAGCUGCGCAUUGCUUAUCUGGUGAAUCGGCUUCUGACGUUCAAGUUGUUGUCGGUAGACAUACCAUUGAUGGCAGCACAGGAAAUCAGUAUACAAAGGAAUAUAAAGUUAAGAAAAUAAUCCUGCAUCCUGAAUACGAUGACGAUACAUUUAACAAUGAUGGUGCAAUCAUGUACCUGGAUGGCACUGUGGAAACCAAUCCUGGAGUUCAACCAAUAGAGCUGACAGAUAAACCAACAGUUAACUUUUUUAAUCAGGAAUGCAUUAUCACUGGAUGGGGUGCACUGAUUGAAGGCGAUAGUGGUCCAAAUAUACUUCAGCAUGCCUCAGUCGAUUUCUUCCCUGAUGUUAAAUGCACAAAAGAUUACGGAAGUAGCUAUGAAAAGAAAACGAUGCUUUGUGGUGGAAAACGUUCUGGUGGUAUUGAUUCAUGCCAGGGAGAUUCUGGUGGACCAUUUGCCUGUAAAGAAAAUGGAAAACUGGUAUUAAGCGGAGUAACAAGCUGGGGACAAGGUUGUGCUCAAGCAGGAAGCCCAGGCAUCUAUACCGAUGUAUUUAUGAUGAGAAGAUUUCUUGAUGGACGACUUGGAUUGAUCUCUGCCUAGAGCAAGCUGUGGCCUCUCUUAUUUUCUAUAUAUACAUUUUAUGUUGCAAAUAUCGCUGUGUUUUUUUUUUUUAUAUUUGUGCAUUAAAUCAUUUAUGACAAUUUAUUGGUUGAUUUAAAAAAGAAAUCAUUUGAUUGUAUCUUUAAAAAUGUUGGUGUCUACAAAGUGUUCAAUUCUUGCAUAAGUGCACUAUUAUAUACCAAAAUUUUGAAAUCCAUAUAUAAAAAAUUUUGAAAUCCAUAUAUAUAAAAAACAUUUUAUUAAAAUAAAGUAUGUCAAUAAAGA